CAAGGAAAUAAGUAUAACGUGUUUCUGUAGAAAAUAAGCAGGAAAAGGCAGCACAUACUGCAUUGUAAAUUUCAUGAUGAAUUCAGAAGAACAUAGACUAACUUUCCUUGAAGAAUUAAAAGAGCGAAUCGGAAAAAAGACAAGUAGACCACUUACUGUGGCUGUGAUUGGAACACCAGGAGCUGGAAAGUCCUCCUUCAUUAAUACCAUGAUAACUAGCAUAACUGGAAACUACCGGCAAUGGACAAGGACGGGAGAUUUUGGGGGAUUUGGACAAGCAAUUACACUUCGAGUGAUUCGGAUAUCAAGAGAGAAAUACAUGUCUUCUGCCGACAAAUCACACCAAGAGUAUGAUUUUCCAAUCUUUGUUGACAUCGCAGGAUUUCAGAAUACAAAUGAUGAAAUCACAAGCGAGCUACUUAACCUUUUCUUUUAUGGAAGGGUUCCGUCCAACGUCCUUCUUGCUAAAGUUGCAGAGGAAAUCAGAAAACACGGAAAGUGGUUUACGGAUAAGAAGUAUCCCGAAACGCCAGAAUGCAAGAAGGUCGACAGAGUUAUUUUUAUGGCUUCAGCGGAAAAUCCAAAUUUACCAGUGCAACUUAUGCAAGCUGUGUUAACAGUACUCCGCAGAAAAAAGGAUAUCCCAAUAUUUGGCGUGUUAACGAAAAAAGAUCGGAAAGAACAGGAAGGAGUAUCUGAAGACUUCGAAAUGUUAUUUAAAACAACUCUUGGAUUGUCUCAACUGGACUAUCUUCAUUGCACAAACUACUGUGAUGUCAACAUAAAAGAAAUAAAAGAGAGAAAUAUGAGGCAUUAUCCAGAAUUAGACAUCCCGGUGCUUAAGUUCCUUAUACAGGCAAAUGAUCGUACAAUUUAUUAG